UCCAAGACGGGGAAUUUGGAAUCAAAAUGUCAGCCAUGAAAGGCAAGAGAAAAGAAUAUCUGACUGUGAAGGAUCUGCAGAAGCUUUUGGACUCAUGCAAACUACAUCUUAAUCAAAUUGACGAGGUCUGGCCAAACAUAUACAUAGGGAAUGUGGCAGUAGCCCAAAACAAGGCUGCCUUGCUGAAGUUAGGUAUAACUCAUGUAUUAAACGCUGCUCACUCCAAGCGAGGCAGCAUAGGGAACCAAAGCUUUUAUGGCAACGACUUUGUGUAUUGUGGCAUUCCAGCAGAUGACUCGACACACUUUGAUCUGGAUGUUUACUUCCAGCCUGCGGCUGAUUUCAUUCAUAAAGCUCUGAAGUCACCUGAUGGGAAAGUUCUGGUGCACUGCAUCAUGGGAAUGAGCCGGUCAUCGACAUUGGUGCUAGCAUACCUCAUGAUCUACCGUCACCUCCCGCUCAAACAGGCUUUGCAGAAAUUGAUCCAGAAGAGGGCCAUCUACCCCAACAGGAACUUCCUGGCUUUGCUGUUGGAUCUGGAUCUUCAGCUGACAAGAAAAAAGAAAACAUGUCAGAUCCUGUAA